AUGGCCGACAUCCGCGCCAUGUCCGUCAUCAAGCGCUGCCUCUCGACGGCUGGCACGGCUGGCGCGGCCUCGAGUGCGGCAGCAGCAGUGGCAGCGACGUCCUCGGUUCCGACCCCUCGGCCCCCGCCCUCGUCGUCGUCCCGGCCAUCAGCCCUGCUCGAGGCGUACGUCAACCAACCCCCGCCUCCGGCCCCGAAGCCCGAUGAAGCCUGGAAGUGUGAUCUCUUCAGUACCAUGGCCUUCAGCCCUCAGCGCGAAUGCGCAGUGACCAAGGCCCACCUCCCGAAUGCGUUCAUGGUCAGCUUUCGCGCAGGGGAAGGUGACGAGGCGAACAUCGUGUUCCCUGACCGCCUCGAGCAUCCCAAGUUCAAGCGCCGGCGACAGGGCCGCUCUUUCUGGACUGCACUGCAUCGGGACGCAGUUGAGAAUCUGCAGACGAAAGGUAAGCUUGCAACAGCGGAUCAAGCUGACGUUAAGGCAAUCACCUGCGGUAUCUGCGCCGAAUCUGGGGCGAUGUCAGAGGCUAUCCUCCUAGCUGAGGCACUGGCGGGCGACGCGGGGCAGAGACACAUCCUCUCCCUCUCCGAGGUGCAGCGGAAGGGACCCCUGAUCCAGGGGACAGAGGACGGCAAGGUCGUCGCGAUCGUAGAUUUGCGGUCUUCCUUCGAGGAGCCAACUGCACUUGGACCGGACAAGGACCGCAAGCCCACCCCGCUGCGGACGGAGGACCUCUCAUCCCUCGCGCCAAGGGGCAUGCUGAAGCGACGCAGCGGCGUGCCGGGCAUACCCCUCUUCCGGCUGCGGGAGGCUGCGUAUGGCGAGCCCUGCGAGCGCGUCGAAGAGUUGGAGAGGCUGUUGCGAUCAGUGAAGGACGAGGACGUGCUGGUCCUGCAGGCGCCGCGUUCCGGCGACCCCUUAGCGAUUCCACUGGCAGUGGCGCUCUGGCGGCGUCUCCUCUUCACAGGUCAGGGCUGGAAGCGCUCCACAAAACCCAGAUAG